AUGUCUACUCAGAAGCAAAUUUCACUAAAUUCAAUUAAGCUUAUGUCCAGCUUCUCAUGCUACCUGUCUUUUCUUCUCAUCCAGAUUAUUCUCUUCUGGUUCAACCUAGCUGCUGCCUCUAUUGGCGAUGAACACUGUGGGAAUCUUUCUUCUGCCAACAAUAUAACUGGCCCUCAAUGCAAUGCCUUAGAGGAUCUAAUUGGGACAUGUUGGCCACGCAGCCUUGCAGGACAGUUGGUGGCACGCCCCUGCCCUGAGUAUUUCUUUGGAGUGCGAUACAAUACUACAAACAAUGUGUACAGAGAAUGUUUGGCAAAUGGGAGCUGGGCAACCCGUGUGAAUUAUUCCCAGUGCCAAGAGAUCCUCAGUGAGGAGAAGAGGAGCAAAUUGCACUAUCACAUUGCUGUUGUGAUCAACUACCUUGGGCACUGCAUUUCUUUGGGGGCCUUACUGGCAGCUUUUGUCCUCUUCAUGCGACUGCGGAGCAUCCGGUGCUUACGAAAUAUUAUCCACUGGAACUUGAUCACCGCCUUCAUCUUGCGGAAUGCCACAUGGUUUGUGGUACAACUCACCAUGAAUCCAGAAGUGCACGAAAGCAAUGUGCCAUGGUGCCGUCUUGUCAUAGCUGCCUACAACUAUUUCCACGUCACUAACUUCUUCUGGAUGUUCGGCGAGGGAUGCUAUCUGCACACCGCUAUUGUUCUCACCUAUUCAACAGACAAGUUGCGGAAGUGGAUGUUCAUCUGUCUUGGCUGGUGCAUCCCCUUCCCCAUCAUUGUUGCCUGGGCCAUUGGAAAACUCUACUAUCACAACGAGAAAUGCUGGUUUGGAAAGCGUGCAGGAAUUUACACUGAUUACAUCUAUCAAGGUCCAAUGAUACUGGUGCUGUUGAUCAAUUUUAUUUUUUUAUUCAAUAUUGUCAGAAUCCUGAUGACCAAGCUCCGGGCCUCGACCACCUCAGAGACCAUACAGUACAGAAAAGCGGUGAAGGCCACCCUUGUGCUCCUUCCGUUACUAGGAAUAACCUACAUGCUUUUCUUUGUUAACCCUGGAGAAGAUGAAAUAUCCAGGAUAGUCUUCAUUUACUUCAACUCCCUUUUGGAGUCCUUCCAGGGUUUUUUUGUCUCAGUUUUCUACUGCUUCCUGAACAGUGAGGUCCGUUCUGCAGUACGGAAGAGGUGGCACCGAUGGCAGGACAAACACUCCAUCCGUGCCCGAGUGGCAAGGGCCAUGUCCAUUCCUACAUCCCCAACCCGUGUCAGCUUCCACAGCAUCAAGCAGUCAACUGCUCUCUGA